AUGCCGUUGACCAAGGCCACCGGCCUCUCGAUUGAGAUAUGGGCCAUGAUAGUCGACUAUGUCCUCCGGCCUACGGACCUCAAGAGCCUGUCCCUCUCGUGCAAGCAGCUGCACCAGAUCGCGGUGCGCAAUCUGUACCGCGAGGUGACGCUGAACGUGGGCAGCACGGCUGACCUCAAUCUGGGCGCUUUCCUCAACCCCCGCAACAUCGGGUUGAACUACAUCCGCCGCCUGCACAUCUACCUUGCCGAGGUCGAGGACAAGCGCAACCAGCUGCAGCAGGCCCACUUUGCCGUGCGCAUGAUCCUGGAAUUCCUGCCCGAGAACAUCCUCGAGAGAUUCUCCUGGCACCCAUGGCAGCCCUUCUCGGCCGAGAACCUGCUGCUGCUGUACCGCAAGCAGCGCCAGAUGAACUGGCUGGAGGGCAUCUCGCUCGACAAGAACAUCCUCGACCAGCUCGAACACUCGGGCGAUCUGGAGCACAUCGCUGAGCACACGCGCACCCUGGGCCUGUACCCCGACAGCGGAGAGGUGCUGGAUCUGUGCAACAUCCUGCUGCGCAAGAACAAGAAGGUCGACAAGCUCAUUGUCAAUGCCAGCUUCCACCCCGCCGUAAGCCCUUUCUCGCCUCGUGAGCUGCAUGACUCGAGCACCGGACCCGGCUUGAUCACCUCGAGGCUGUUUGGGCACAUGAUUCCCCUCGAGCACUGCAAGCCCCUGGCCCUCACGGAGCUCACGCUGCAGAAGGUGCACCUGCGGUACUCGGCAGAGACGUGGUGCCGCGCCAUCAAGUUCUCCACGCUCAAGAAGCUGGCCGUUUUCGACUGCCCCGGCGCGUGCACUCUGUUUGCGGAGCUGAGCAAGCCGACCAAGCUUCCGCGCAACCUCGAGACGCUGGAGUUCAAGCACGAGGACAACCGCGAGAGCGAUGCCCUGCACGCCCUGGACAACUUCCUGUGCCUCGUCACCGGCCUCAAGGCCAUCACCAUCGACAUCAGCAACGUCAAGGAGCUGCCUGCCGCGGCGGGCAUCAGCAGGCACGGCAAGACAUUGAAGCUGCUCAACGUACACGCCAACGCGGCAGACCUGCUGGAGGACGAGUUCGUGUACAGCCCCAUGGAUUUCGAGAGCAUUUGCAGGGAAUGCACCGAGUUGGAACAACUGUCCGUCGGCUUCCCGGCGACCAGCAUCGUCGCGGACAAGACGGACAGCUUCGCCGCCUUCGAGAGCGCCCUCAACUACCUCCCCCAACUCGUCUCCCUCAACAUCACCACCUGGCCCAAGAACAACAACAGCCUCGGCCCCCUCCCCCGCAACAUCUACGCCCUCCUCGUCCAAAACGUCGCCCAAUCCAUCCUCUACUCGCACCACCCCCACCCCGCCUCCUCCGACACCACCUCCGACACCGACUCGGUCAUCACCGCCGUCGACCACCACCACCACCACCACAAUCCUCACAACCCCAGCCAGACCCACACCCACCACCACCGCUCCCCCCGCUGGUCCCACCUCAACCUCAUCGCCUUCGGCAGCACCGACGCCGCCCUCGCCCACGUCCUCAACGACGACGAGGCCGGCCGCCUCGGCGCCGCGACGCAGCUCGUCUUCGUCAAGGGGAGGCAGGUGGGGCCGUUCGGCGAGGAAGCGCCGCUGGCGGUCGGCGUGAAAGGAAGGCUGAGGGAAUACGUCGAGCCGAGGAGCGAGGUGCUGGAUUUCGGGCUGGCGCGCGCGAGGAAGAUGCCGUCGGGGGGCGAGGACAUGGGGGUCGGGAUGGGGGUGGGGUGGUUGGCGAAUUGA